AUCAACGAGUACCGGAUGAAGUCCGUCAGCCAGAACGCGGGCACGGACGACGACUUUGUGCUUUUCUACAGUUUCAGUAAGCUUCCCGUUCUCUUUGGUUAAUCCUGCUGGUUCUGACUGCGUGAAUAACCACAGUUCUGGCGACUAUGGCGAUAAACGACGGCUUACUGCAGAUCAUCGCCGCGCUGCAGGAGAUCUACGGGGCCAUAGAGGAGGAGACCCUGUCGAUUUGAGUUUUGUUUACGUUUCCCGGGUAUCCGACAGAAAACAUAGCCUUUUACGCACUCGAACUUGCUGUUCCCGGCAGGCUUUGGGUCGCUGCCAGAUUAAAGCUUAGGCGACGUGGAAACAACACGAGCCCCUCGGCCUCUGAGCAUGUCGUCAUUUCUCCCUCCUUCCCCUCCCCCGCCCUUCCUCCCUCUUCCCACCCCACCACCAGUCUGCUCCCCAACCCAAGCAUGGCGCCAAUCAAAGUCGACUACUCGCUCUACCUCGUCACCGACCCGAACCUGGUCCCCGACGGCACGACCCUCGAGGAGCAGGUCGAGAAGGCCAUCAAGGGCGGCGUUACCAUCGUGCAGUUACGCGAGAAGGACGCCGAGACGAAGGAUUUCAUCGACCGCGCAAAGAAGAUCCACGAGAUGACCAAAGCCGCCGGGAUUCCGCUUCUGAUCAACGACCGGCUCGACGUGGCUCUGGCUAUCGACGCAGAGGGCGUCCAUAUCGGACAGGACGACAUUGAUGUCGCGACUGCCAGGAAACUCCUCGGCCCGGACAAGAUCAUCGGUCUCUCCGUCAACUACGUCUCCGAGGCCACAAAAGCCGUCGAAGACGGCGUCGACUACCUCGGCGUCGGCGCGGUCUACGACACCUCGACGAAGAUUCCCAAACAGCCACCGAUUGGAAUCUCGGGCCUGCGCAAGAUUCUGUCGUAUCUCUCCUCAGUUCACAGAUAUAUGCCUGCGGUUGCCAUCGGCUCGAUAAAUCUGCAGACUGCGAGAAACGUGCUGAAUUUGUCGGCAGUCCCCUCGCGCUCUCUGGACGGCAUCGCUGUCGUCUCGGCCAUCAUCGCGUCUCCUGACCCCGAGACCGUGUCGCGCGAGCUGCUCCAGAUCGUCAAAGAGCCCCCUUACUGGAUGAGCGUGGUCAAGGACCGCACGCCACCGGCCAUUAUCGCCGAUGUGCCGACGAUCAUUGCAAAAGUGCAAGAGACAACGCCGCUCGUGCACCAUCUGAUCAACCGGGUAGCCACCAACUUUGCCGCCAACGUGACGCUGGCUGUCGGCGCAAGCCCGGUCAUGUCGGAAAACAUUCCCGAGUUUGCCGACUUUUCGUCGAUCGAGAACGGCUCGCUCCUCGUCAACAUGGGCUUUGCGACCCCGGAGGCUGUCGAGAUGUAUCUCGCGGCAAUUACAGAGUAUAACCAGCGCUUACGUCCGGUGGUGUAUGACCCCGUUGCCGGUGGAGCGUCCACGCUGCGGAAAGAAGCUGUCAAGGCGCUCUUGAAUCGGUCGCAUUUUGAUAUCAUCAAGGGCAACGAGGGCGAGAUCUUUGCUGUCGCGGGGGAGAUGUCGCAUAUGCGGGGCGUCGAUAGCACUUCGAGCUCGAGUAUGGAGAAGAAGGUGCAUGUCGUCGAGGGUCUCGCUACAAAAGAAAAAACGAUUGUUGUUUUGACCGGACCGCAGGACAUUAUCUCCGACGGCAUCACAACCUUCGUCCUCUCCAACGGCCACGACUACCUCUCCAGCAUAACCGCAAGCGGCUGCGUUCUCGGCUCCAUUCUCACAGCAUGCCUAACCGUGUCCCUCGAAGACCGAUUCCUGGCCGCAGUCGCCGGUGUCCUGCUAUACACCAUCGCCGCCGAGAGAGCAGCUGCGCAACCGAGCGUUCGUGGACCGGGCACGUUUGUCCCCGCUUUAAUCGACGAGCUGUACUUGCUGCGCAAUAUGUGCGCAAAAGGUGACAGUAGCUGGCUUUCUGCGGCAAAGGUCGAGCGAUUCGUGCUCACGUCGUGAGAAGCACAUGCUACAUAUACAUUAUCUUCCAGUAUAAUAGGUUUUUGUAUUUAUUCCCACUACAUUAUUUCUUUGUCGCAUAUUAUUAUUUAGAUCUUACAUAGUUUUUCUUUUUCUUUUCUUUAUUCCGUCGCUGUCAGAGUCAGUCCUGUGGUGAACUUUUGCUUUUGUCUUGCGAAUAUAGGGCUAGUUUUUUUGUACACUCUUAUCUUUCUCUCGCUGGAGAGCAAUUUUCCUCUUUCUUCUUCCUCAUUAGAUUUUACUUUUCUGUGGUUAUAAAUAGGCAUGAAUGUUAAACAAUUAAAGGGUUAUCGGCAACUAUAAGUUUGUAAUAAGAUAAAAGAAUAGUUUAUUGAAGGAGCUACGC